AUGUAUCCUAUUCAACAUGCUGUUGCUAAUAAUAACCUUCAAAUGGUAUUAUUCUUGCUCGAUCAUCAAGUAAAUCCAGAACCUCCAUCAAAAUAUAAAUAUUCUCCAAUUCAGAUUGCUAUGAUGAAAAAUAACUCUUCAAUUGUUGAUUUAUUCAAACAGAAAGGAUGUGACUACAACAAAAAGAAUUUCGAAUAUAAAUUGGUUGAAGACAAAAAUGUCAAAGCACUUGAACGUCUUUUCAAGGGUGGUCUUGAUAUAAAUAAGGAAACAUCAGUAGUUGUAAAUGGAACAAGGUACGGACAAACUCUCCUUUUACAUGCAUGCGAAAUUGGAGCAUUUGAUGUAAUGAAAUUCUUAAUUGAUCAUGGAGCAAAAAUUUCAAGUUAUUGCUUCCCAUUUGCUGCUUAUGGAGAAGAACUGGAUGCAUUAAAGUACCUCGUUGAAAAAGGUGCUGAUAUAAAUGCAGAUUCACCAUAUGGAAAUGCAUAUCAAAUAUCCAUUCUCAAGUUGGAUGGAUACAUUCAAAAAUAUUUGGAUUCUAUUGGAUGUAAAAAGUCAGCUCCAACAAAAGAAUUGAAGAAAUUCUAUAAGAAGUUGGAAAUAGAAGAGACAAAAGAAUUCGCUAUCCACUUAAAACACUCGAUUCCAAUGCGUCCAUACUAUUAA